AUGUCCUCCCGCGGCCCGCCUUUGGACCCGAACAAGACUGCAGCUGGCAUCGCAGUUGACCCGCGUACGCUCGAUCGCGUUAUACCAGAAUCGAAGCGCGCGGAUGGCUCUGUCCGUAAAGAACGCCGGAUCCGGCCCGGCUUCACGCCUCAAGAAGACGUGCAACGGUUCCGAGGCACGAAACAAGCCGCCUCCGAUGCCCGCAGCGGGCUCGUAGCAAAUCAGCGUGCAACCGUACCCGGUGCAGCACCGGGAGCACGAUCACUAUUCGCCGCGGCAGUAGGUGCCGCGAACGCCAGCGUUCCAGGUGCAGGGAAGAGUGCUGCUAGUGGAGGAGGGGAAGGGCCGACGAGUAAAGCUGCGAAGAAGAAUGCCGCUCGGCGGAAGAAGAAGGCUGAGAAGAAGGAGGAAGAGGUGCCGGAUAACUGGGACGACGAGGCGGAGGAAGAGGCGAAGGAGAAGGAGAGUGACGCAGAUGCUGUUGCAGAUAAGUUGGAGAAGCUUGAAGUCGGGGAGUCGUGA